AUGGAAGGCGAAAUGCGAAAGCAGAACAGGCAAAAAGAAGAAGGGGAAUGUUGGGUGUUACCAGAAUACAUCGUGGGCGAUGGAUGAGGGGGUUAUUAAAAGCGAAGGGGCUCUGGAGAAGGGGAGCAGGACCAUGGGCUGAAAUGGUGAAAAAGAAAAGUUAGAAAGAGCUGCCGCAGGAAAAAGCGAAAAAUGAAAAAGCCAAAAUGAAAGUCAUUAUGAGGGUAAAAAAGAACCUCGUCUUCCCUCGAUUAAGGUGAGAACCUCGGGAUGCCAGCUGAUGAAGAGCAGAAGAAGAGAAGAAGAAGAAGAAGAAGGACGGAGAAAGAAAAGAAAGAAGGUCAAAAGCACAUCAAAUAAGUCCAGUGUGCCUCCCACAGACAAAUCCAACAACUCUAAACACCCUCAUCUCCAAAGAAAGGCAAGAAAAUCAACAAGCUUCAAGAAUCAAAGCUUCUGGAGGCAAAUGAAGACGAGGAUCGAGAAAUAAAGAAACUAGAGCGGCAGCUGGGAUUAAACAAGAGGAAGAACAAGAAAAGUCUCCCCCAGUCCUUCGUGGCUGAUGGACUUGAUUACAUCCUUGGCGUGCUCGACUCUGGCUCGUCGGCUGUGGGGAUGUAUGACGAUGAUGAUGAUAACGUGGACGUCGCCAAGGAGAACUUUGAAAAGCUCGAUGAGAAAGACUCUCAGCUGUCGGACGAGGAACCUGGAGAUGAGAUGGCGAGUGAAGGCAGUGAUGAAGAUAUGGGUUCGUUCGAUGAUGAAAAUGAGGUGGUGGACGAUGAGGAGGAUGAUGAGGAGGAUGAAAUGGUAGAUGAGGAGGAAGCAGAGGAGGAGGAAAUGGAGGAUGAGCUGAAUGAGAAUAACGCAGCCGACUCGGAUGAUGAAACUGAAGGGGAAGCAGAGGAAGAAGCAGAGGAAGAAGCAGACACUCCUGACACAAACCCAUCAGACUCAAAGUCAGAAACAGUCAACUCCACAGCAGGGAAGUACGUGCCGCCUCACUUGCGAAACACUGGGGACGACGAACGCAAAGCGGAGCUCGAGAAACUGAAGAGGAAUGUGAAAGGUCUGGUGAACAGGCUGAGUGAGCCCAACAUGGCGUCCAUCAGUGGUCAGCUGGAGGAGCUGUACAUGAGCUGCAGCAGGAAGGACAUGAAUGACACCCUAACAGAGGUUCUCCUAGCAGCCUGCGUCACCCCGGCCCUGAUGCCUGACAGACUACUGAUGGAGCACGUUCUGCUCGUCAGCGUCCUCCACCACACCGUCGGGAUAGAGGUCGGAGCCCAUUUUCUGGAGACGGUCGUGCGCAAGUUCGACGAGGUGUACAAGAACCCAAGUGAAAGCAAGGAGUGCGACAACCUGGUCGCCAUUGUCGGCCACCUCUAUUACUUCCAGGUGGUGCAUUCUGUCCUCAUCUUCGACAUCCUAAAACUUUUUGUUGGAGCUUUUACAGAGAAGGACGUUGAACUAGUUUUGUUUGUGCUGAGGAAUGUCGGCUUCGCCCUGAGGAAGGACGACGCUCUGGCUCUCAAGGAGCUCAUCUCUGAAGGCCAGCGCAAGGCCAGCAACGUGGGGUCGAAGUUUCACGAUCAGAACAGGGUGCGUUUCAUGCUGGAAACCAUGCUGGCUUUAAAGAACAAUGAUAUGCGGAAGAUCCCAGGCUACGAUCCUGAGCCUGUGGAGAGACUGAGGAAGUUGCAGAGGACUCUGAUCAACCGGAGUGCAGGAGGCAGCGACAUGAAACUGAGGGUCUCUCUGGACAACCUCUUGGCAGCAGAGCAGGUGGGCCGCUGGUGGAUCGUCGGCUCCUCAUGGAGUGGGGCACCCAUGAUCAGCGAAAAAGGGAACGCAAACUCAAAACAGAGUUCUGCUGAAGGACAGGUAGAUUUAGUGGCCAAAGUCUUGGAGCAAAUGGCUAAGGAAACAGAGGUAUGAACACUGGAGGUUCAGAGAAACAUUCUUCUGUUGAUCAUGGACCAGCGAGAUGUUGAUGUUUUAAAGCCUUUUAUUUGCUCUGUGUGAAGGAUGGGACUGAAGGACAAGCAGGAGAGGGAGAUUGUUCAUGUUCUGAUGGACUGCUGUCUGCAGGAGAAAACCUUCAAUGCCUAUUACGCCGUACUGGGAGAGAAAUUCUGCUCUCAAGAUCGGCGCUUUCAGAUGACUUUCCAGUUCAACCUAUGGGACAAGUUCAGGGAGCUGUCCAGCCUUCCCAGCAGCACCUUUAACAACCUGGUCCAGCUGGUUACCCGCUUCCUUCAGAAGAAGUGCCUCUCACUCUCCAUACUCAAAGUAAUAGAGUUUGGGGAACUAGAUAAGCCCACAGUGCGCUUCUUGCGUCAGGUGCUGACCAAACUGCUAAAGGAAACAGAGCCUGAGGACCUAGCCAGCAUAUUUGGAAGGAUUUCAGGAAUUCCCAAGCUAGGAAUGCUGCGGGAGGGCUUGAAGCUUUUCAUCAGUCACUUCCUGCUGAAGAAUGCCCAGUCACAGGGACCAGCUGAGCAAGCAGCGAUGCUGUCAGAGCGCGCCCAGGUCGCCACCAAAGCCAUGGAGGCCAAAGAGGCCAAGCUCAAACUGUAAAACACACACAACCACACACACCAGACACCCAACAGACGUACGUAACAAAACUGUGGAACAGAAGAAGGCUUGUUCGUGGGAAUUGUCUCUUCAUACAAAACACCCUUUACGGUUUUCCACAAAGAAGAAUAAAUAUGUUUUUGAUAUUAAAAUUACGUUUUUGCUUUGGGGAGUUCUUGUACAUAAUUGUUAACAUGAAUAUUUUUUCAUUUGGAACAUACUGAAUCCUCUGAAGACACACUAGUCUUAGCACUAUGUAUAUUAUUUUAAUGCAGUGCGUAUUGGUUCAGUUUUUAUUACUCUGCAAUAAAUAAUUACAGGUUUUGUUUAAUGACAAUUUUACUGUAUUUGACUUCCCAAAUGUUUUUAUCCAUGAUGGUGCUUGUACAUUUGUUAAUAAAACAGGAGCAAAAUAUGUAGACCCUGGAGUGUAACAAAUGUUCAUACAAUUUUGUCAUAAAAACCUCCAUAAACCAGACAAUUUACCUCAAGCUUUGUGGAGAGAAAAAAUCAUUUUCUCUUACAGCCGCUCUCAUAUUAUUUUCUCCUGUGCCUUAAUGUUUUUUUCUGAAACCGCCCUCGUGGAGGCAGUGUGCAGCAAGAGUUAACAUUAUUGAAUUCAGACACCUGGAACCAUUCUUUUGGGCUUUACUGAGUCUAUUUACACUGUCAGACAAAAAAAAAAGCACAUUAUAAUAAAGUCUCAGCCUUAAAUAAAACAGAUUGGUGAAUAUGU